GUUUUCCACGGUUCAUAAUUUUAAUAUUUUUAUACCGUUUUAUACAACAAAGUGUUUAUAGAUAGGCGUAAUUACAACAAGAAACGAACUUUGGAACCACCAACGAGAUCGGGAAGGGAUUCGGAAAAAAGAACGUUUAAGUUUGACAGCAAGUUUCCGGUGACAGUUCGCGGAUUCGAAUUUUAAAAUUGACGUUUAAAACAACAUGGCGGAGUGCGCGAUUGCCGGUUGCGGGUUCGACGACCUCGCCGAGGAGCAGUAGGAUGAUCAACUUCCAGAACAUUUGACGACUGCUCUAUCCAUGCGGCGGUGACGCGAUGUCAGUAGCGCCGGCGGUGAAGCGCGAGGUUGAGCUGGACAGCGGCGGCGGCAGCCCCGGGCGCAAGCGGCGCAAGCAGGCCGCCCCCAGCCGCGCGCCGCCGCCGCUGCCGCCCGCGCCGCUCGACCUGCACGCCAAGAUGGCCGACAUCUACAAGAGCGCGCUCGCCUUCGGGGAACUCGCCCUGCCCACCUUCGACCCCCUCGCCGCCUUCCGACUCCUCCCCCGACACGAACCACCGCGCAUCUUCAACCCGGAAGCGUACUGCGACCUGUGCUGCAAGGAGUUCUGCAACAAAUACUUUCUGAAGACCCAUCGAGCGAACAAGCACGGAAUCUACGAUGGGGGCGAUCCGCAACCCGCUGCUCCGCCACCUGCGCAACCCUCGCCGCCGAGACGAGCUUCCGACGAAGAAUCAGGGGGCACUCCGAGGAGACUAUCGCCGGACUCCGCACGGCGCGCUAGAGAAGCCGGAUUUCAACCGGAGGUUUUGCGGCGGCUCGGUGUCGUCAAUCCCGAAGCGUUCUGCGAGAUAUGUUGCAAAGAGUACUGCAAUAAAUACUUUCUGCGGACGCAUAGGGAACGGAGGCACGGAGUUCCGGCGCAUCGGUCACCGAUCGCGGACAGAUCACCGCCGUCCGCCACCCCGCCGACGAUGCUCGGGACGCCUCUAGGCACACCACUCGGGACUCCGCUGCCGACGCCGCUAGCGACGCCGCCCGCCCCACCUAUUAGCGCUGCAGACACACCGCCGCGUUCACAUUCGCUCCCCCCACCGUUCGACGCCGAGGAGAUGGCGGAAGUAAAACGGGAGUGCGAAGACGAACUGGAAGCGGCGCUGCGAGACGGACAGACGAGUCCGCUGAACCUCAUCGUGGAAGAGCGCGGCGCCGCAUCCCCGGGGUCGGCCAGCGAGGAGCUGCGGAAACUACAGACGAUGAUAUCGCAACUGAACGAGCUGGCGGCCGAGCGCCUCGCGGACGAGCCCGAUCUGGGCCCGCGACCGCCCUCGGCGUCGCCCCCGCCGCCGGACGAGCGCCGCGCCUCCUCCUCGGGGUCGAGUUUCUGCGAAAUCUGCAACAAGGAGCUGUGCAACAAGUAUUUCAUGAGGACGCACAUGCAGAGGAUGCACGGCAUCUCGCUCGAGAGCGGCACGCAGCUCGGCGGCGUCACGUGCGACAUAUGCCACAAGGAGCUGUGCAGCAAAUACUUCCUGCGCGUGCACAAGCACAACACGCACGGCAUCCCCGCGCCGCCCGCGCCGGCGGCCGCGCCCGCGGAGCCGUGCCCGCUGUGCGCGCGCCGGUUCCGCGGGCCGCGAGCCCUGCGCGCGCACCUGCUGGCCGAGCACGCGCCGCCCGCGCGCCCGCCGCCGCCGCCGCCGCGCCCGCUCGACCUGCUCGCCAGGGACAAGCCCUACGCCUGCUCCUACUGCCCCUUCACCACCGACGUGCUCGCGUUCCUGUUCGCGCACGAGCGCGCGCACGCGCAGCAGCAGCAGGCGGGCGAGCAGGAGGCGGGCGACGGGGAGCCGGCGGGGCCCGGGCCCGGGUCCGGGUCGCCGGGGCGGGAGCGGGCGCGGGGCGCGGAGGGCGGGUCGCCGGGCGUCGCGGAGGAGGACGGGCAGUACACGUGCUCGCGCUGCGAGUUCCGCGCGGAGGGGUUCGGCGCGCUGGAGGCGCACGUGCGCGCGGUGCACGGCGGGGCGGGCGCGCUGCUGGCGGUGCCGCGCGCGCCGCACGCGCCGCUCACGAUGCAGCCGUUCGUGGUGGAGGAGGCGGGCGGCGCGCUGAGCCUGGUGCCGGCGCUGGUGUUCCUGCCGGUGCGGCGCCGCGCCACGCGCCGCGCCACCGUCACGCUCACGCUCACGCCGGCCUAG